AUGUUCAAUUACCUCAUUCUAAUUGCUUUCUUAGUCGUUGCUGGCGUAAAUAGUCAGUUCUUCGGAGGAGGUCCCUUUGGAGGAUAUCGAGGUGGAUUCGGAGGUUUUGGAAAUCGAGGCUACGGAGGAGGUUAUGGAGGACAAGGAGGUUAUGGUGGAGGUUAUAACCGAGGCUUCGGUGGUGGCUUUGGACGAGGAGGAUAUAUCACUACGAAGUCAGUGGCCCUACCACCCUUUGCUCGAGGUUUGGUGAACUGUCACCUUUGGCGCAGCAGGACUUUGCCCUGUGCAUUAGAUAUCACAGCUCAAACAACACUGGUUUACAAUAUGAAGAUGUACGUGCUCUUUCUAAUUGCGGUGCUCGCAACCGGUGUUAAUUCUCAGCUUAUUAAAACUAACCUGGGUAAGCAAUAUGCAGGACAGCAAGGUGGAGGAUAUAGUGCUUCGGCAAGUUCAGGUCCUCCACAUAUGAACAAAUAUCUACAACAUGGAGAACCAGGAGGUACCCAUUUUUGA